AUGGCAUACUUUCAAUCUCUCAUUGCCGCAUGCUUAGGCCUUGAUUCCAAGACUGAGUCUAGAGCUGCACACCCAACCUAUUCAACGCAAGAGGUCCCUACGCGCACGGAGUACUCGUCAGUCGCUCCACCCCAAUACCCACCCAACCCGGACCUAAACAAAAACUCAGCUAUUGUGUCGGAAUUAACAACACGUCAUGGCCUCACUAAGUGUCCCAAUAAACUGGAGCCUUGUCCCAAAGGUCCUCUCACGAUUCUGAGAUAUUGGGCAUCAGACGAUUCUUUAUCAGAUAGGAGUCCACAUAUAAUAGCAUGCGUUGAGGGUGGUGAAGGGUCGCAUGUAAAGACAAGCAUGCCUGUGAAGAAGUACCAAACCGCAGACCAUGCUCGUGAGAUGGCAGGGGAGGAGUGGAGUCGUAUCGCUCGAUCAAAAGGUCAUAGAUGGCGCAGGAAACUUGGAUCUAGUCCAAGAUUAUCGCUUUGGACAACAACUAUUCGGUAUUACAUCGGAGUUUGA